GGAGUGCACGAGCAUCUCUCCUCGUCCUCAUCCUCAUCAGUGCGCGCGGCGCGCUCUCGGGUCUGAAGCGUUCGCUUUCUCUAAAGAAGCAGAAACACUCCGAGAGAAGCGAGAAUGUAACAGAUUCGUCUCUCCGAACUGUUAGGAUAGUUUUAUUUUACUCUGACACGGAAAGGCGUGAUCAUCAUGAAAUUCCCGUCAGAGAAUCAGAGGAAACAGGUGAACUGGGAUCCUGAACGAGUGGCUGUCCAGACAAACAUCGUCCCUCCGAAGAAGGUGCAGUCCAGUCUGGUCCAGGCCAGCGUAGCAGCCAUGCAGAACCCGAUGGGCUGUGAGGUCAAAGCUAACGGUCACUGCGCUCUCCCGCGCCUCUCCAUCUCGUCCCGCUCGGCCAGCGUGGUGACUGGGAUGGAUGCAGACGGUGCUGCGCCGCACUCGGUCAUGAAGUGUAAGACGGUGGUGGCCGUGUUUGUGGUGGUGGUGAUGUAUCUGGUGUGUGGAGGUCUGGUCUUCUGCGCGCUGGAGCAACCCUUCGAGAGCAACCAGAAGGACAACAUCACGCAGGAGAAGGCCCUGUUCCUGGAGAGGAACCCCUGUGUUUCUCCAGCCGAGCUCGAGGCCCUUAUCAAGCAUGCAGUAGAUGCGGUCAGCGCUGGCGUGAGUCCCAUUGGAGACACGUCCUAUAAUUCCAGCCACUGGGACCUCAGCAGUGCUUUCUUCUUCGCUGGAACCGUCAUCACCACGAUAGGCUAUGGGAACAUCGCUCCCAGUACUGAGGGCGGCAAGAUUUUCUGCAUCCUUUACGCCAUAUUUGGCAUCCCUCUGUUUGGCUUCCUCUUGGCCGGGAUCGGUGAUCAGCUAGGGACCAUGUUUAUGAAGAGCAUUCUGAAAGUGGAGAAAGUUUUCAGGCAAAAACACAAGCAAAUCAGUCAGACUAAAAUCCGUGUCACCUCCACUAUACUCUUCAUCAUUGCUGGCUGCAUCAUUUUUGUCACCAUCCCAGCAGUGAUUUUCAAACACAUCGAGGGAUGGAGUACUUUAGAAUCCAUUUACUUUGUUGUCAUUACUCUGACAACCAUCGGCAUUGGAGAUUAUGUAGCAGGAGGAGAUCGCAAAAUAGAAUACAUGAAAUGGUACAAGCCUCUGGUCUGGUUCUGGAUUUUGGUGGGUCUGGCAUAUUUCGCAGCGGUCCUGAGCAUGAUUGGAGACUGGCUCAGGGUUCUGUCCAAGAAAACAAAAGAAGAGGUCGGAGAGUUUAAGGCCCAUGCGGCAGAAUGGAAAGCAAAUGUUCGGGCAGAGUUACGCGAGACACGGCGACGCCUCAGCGGCGAGAUCCACGACAAACUACAGCGUGCGGCCACCAUCCGCAGCAUGGAGCGCAGACGUCUGGGUCUGGAGCAGAGGGCGCAGUCACUAGACAUGCUGUCACCUGAAAAGCGUGCCGUUUUCUCUAGUCUGGACACCAGGCGAUUUCAAACCUCCUCACAGGAGAGCAUCGACACUAAACUGAACAACCUGCGACUGAAGGCGGAGCACAGUGAACAGCAGGCGUCCUCCGAGGAGAACAUCUUCAACCGCUUCGGUUCGCUCACCAAACUGGCCAAGCGCAACAGGAGCAAAGAUCUCCACAGGAACAUCCCGGAGGACACCAGCAGGCUGAGCGAUGUCCUCAGCAGCAACAGCAGCAACGUCACUCUGGGAGAAGAGAGAAGAGAGGACGAGGAGGAGAUGGAGGAAGAGAAAACAGCAAUGGAGGCCAACACUGGCUUCACGCGUCUGCCUCACUAUCCCGAUGAACCCAAACAGCAGAACGGUUUCGCUCCGGCUCAGGCCAAAGAACAAGAGCGAAAUAAAAGACUGGAGCAGAAAGAACAUCAACCGUAGGCAGACAGUGACAGGGUGAACAUGUGCCUUUGUGUUUUGUAAGCUGCGGUUUGACUCGUUAUCGAUCAACUGGAGCUGAUUUUCACUGUGACAAAUGACAAGUUGCCAAAAAUAUGAAAAGACACAGAGAGCUCAAGGAAUACAGACUGACAUCACCUUAAACUGUAAAUUCUGUCAUUGUUUACUCACACUUGUGUUGUUCCAAACCUGCAUGAAUUUCCUCCUUCAAUGGAAAGCUCCAAAAAAGACAACAACAAAAAUUUCACUGAUGUUACAUUUGGUGCUAUAUACCAUUUUCAAUUUGAAUGAGAUUGACAGUUGUGGUGGAAAGUAAGAUUUCAGUGAAUAACGACUUUUUUGGAACUUACUAUGAAUUUUUUCACAUUAUUAUUAAUAAUGCAAUACAUCUGCUUUAGUCAGAAAUCAUAUUGAAACUCAUAUAAAGAAACUCAAAUGGGUUUAAUGAGGAUUGAUUACUCAUCACAGGACAGUCAACAAAGGCUUUUGCUCUUUUCGAAGGUGUGAAAACUGUAAAUCACGAUGUCUUAGGAAAGAAAAACAUGGAUAUCUACUGCUGCUCAGAUGAAUCUGUCAUCUACGAUGGCAAAUCAUGAACUUCUAUGAAACACUAAUUUAUUGAAUUUGGUUGAAAAUUGAGAUGUGAGAUGUGAGAUGUGAAAUUGAUUGUGAUGCCAGAGAUUAAACAACAACGAUUUAUCUGAUCGUAAAAUACUGCUUUCACACAGAACUCUAUCAACAUAUCAAACCCCCUCAAAAUGACUGGAAUCAAAUCCAUACUGAUGAUAUUAAAUGAAAAUGAAACCCAAUUUUCUCAAAGUAUUAGAACAAGAUGAACAAAUGGCAUCUGUAUAAGACAUACAGUGACCCCCAAAAAUAUCUAGACACACUUCAGUCACACAUAAAACUUUGUGAAUAUCAUUGCAUUAUAAAAAAUAAAAUAUCACAACAAAAGUCUUUUAUUGUAAAGAAAGAUGCAAUCUUUACAAAACAUCACACAAAAACUUUGUACCAUUAUAAAUGGUUAUACGAUUGAUCUAGUGUUGAAAAUAUGAUGAACAUGUCAUUAUACAGAGUUGUGUCCUGAUAUGUCACAAAAACAAACACACACAUUACAUCCCAAGAUAUUACGGUAAUCGUACUCAUGCUCUGUGUUGUCAUGGUGAUCACAUCAAUACUUGUGCAAAACAUGACAUCAAAUGUACUAAUGAGUGCCUUUGGGAAAAUAAAUCAUGAAAUGUGGCUUUUGCUUUGUAGCAUUUACUGGUGAACCAAUUAGAAAGUCAGACAGAAAGGUAUACAAAAAUGCCAAUAAAACACAUCAGUGAAUCAAAGUUCCUAUUACAUAACAUGCAUUGCUUUUAUGUGCUUAACACUUGUGCAACCUUUUGUCCAGUUUUGUGCUUUUCAGGUUGUUUUUUUUUUUUUUUUUGGAACAUUUUGCAUGUGUUUUUGCCAACUGCGUACAUUUUGGCACAGUUGCGUAUUUUAUGGGAAUUUUACUAUUUUAGUUCCAUUUCCUUUAAUAAAUCUAUUUUGCACUUGGUACACAAAAUUGUUCCUGUCAGGACCUUUUUUACCAGAUGGUUUCAUUUUUUUCAGGUUUGGCCUAUAAAGCAAAUACUUGCUUGGUUCCUGUUUUCUGCAUAUUAUAGAGCCAAUUGGAAAAAUAAUGCAACUACAAUUGUGUGGGUGUGUUGGUUUGUAUGUGUUAUAUUAUAUUUAAAAAAGUGUGUGCGUGUGUAUGAAAAACUCUAUUGCAAAUCACAAAUCAAACUACUGUGUGCAUCAGCAGAGUUUUGCUGGCAUCUAAUGAGGAAAAUUAGGUACUGCGCCCAAACAAAAUCUUACUGAAAGCUAUUUUUUUAAGAUAUCAACUUCAAAUUUGGAAUUGAACUUGUUUAGAUUAAUGGAUUUGAUUUUCUAGCAGUUAUAGAGUUUGACAUGUUUCAUAAAAUAUAUUUUUUAUAUAAAAUAUUGUUCAUAAACCAUUUUCAUAAAUUUAAACCUCUAUAUC